AGUUUACUUUUUGCUUAGUUUCUAAAAUCCAAAAAAACAGGAACGUAACAACAAAAUUAUUAUACAAAUAAUAUAUUUAACAAUUCACUAAGAAAAUGGAAGAUCCACGCAAACGUCUACUCCGUAAUAUAAUUGACAAUGUCUAUCACUUGGACAAGCGCCGAUUCUUUCAGCAGAGACAAAUCCAAACUGAAACCGAACGUCUAGAACGUUAUAUAGCUGAUGUUGCCAUGAAUCAUAAAAAAUAUGAACAAUUGCAAAAGAUUGAAGGCUCUCAAUCGAUUUUUGACCAGGUCCAACGCCAAUUGCAAUUAGAGUGUGAGAAAUUGGAGAAAUUUCUGAAAUUCAAUGAUGAUCUCAAGACUACGGAUUGCUAUGUGGAGGCUAAACAAUUGCUGGAGGCAGCACGUUCCGAAGAUAAAGAGACUGAAAAAGAACAUGGUGAAUUAAUUUCUUCUAAUUAGCAAAUAUAUAUAAGGUCUACCUACAUAA